AUGACGAAGGAAAAUACGAAGCAAAAAACGUCAACCAGUAAGGACACUCCAUCGAUUGUCGAUGGAACAAGUCUAGCCAAUUCCCGGUCAGAUUGUCCUCCAGAUGUAGAAGCUUUGGGACGUGGUACUUGGACACUUCUCCAUUCUAUUGCAGCGUCAUACCCCGAGUCGCCAUCAAAGUCACAACAGUCAGACCUUUUGAGCUUUGUCAAGCUCUUUUCCAAGCUUUACCCAUGUUGGGUAUGUGCUGAAGAUUUCACAACAUACAUGGGACGGGAGGUACCCCGAGUCGGGAGUCGCGAUGAGUUUGGCAAAUGGCUAUGUGGUGCUCACAACGACGUCAACCGAAAAUUGGGCAAGCCGCAAUUCGACUGUUCGCGAUGGCAGGAGCGUUGGCGUACAGGCUGGAAUGAUGGACGAUGCGAUUGA